AUGAGGAAGUAGAAGAAGCAGACACUGUGCACGUGUGCAAUCAUGGCUGAAGCGACUUUUCGUAAACACACGUUUUAAUACUUUCUAAAAUAUGCAUUAGAAAGAGUAUUGCAGAACGAAGUAUUGCCUUUCAGCGAGAAUGUCGGACACAGAAGAGGAGGCUACCGCGCUGGAGGUGGGAGGGGCCACGGUGACGGACACCUCUGGUGAGAUGGAGGAAAGUGCGACUGAAGAGCUCGAGGACAGCCGGGAGGCGGGGAGCGAAGGCGAUGUGGAGACUGAGGAGGAAGAAAACGACGGAACGCAAGGAGAAGAUGAGGAUAAAGAUGAAGAUAAGGAGAAGUCCUCAAAAAAGAAGACUGCGCCUGGGAUAGUCUAUCUGGGGCACAUCCCACCCAGGCUGAGGCCCAAACACAUGCGGAACAUGCUCAGUUGCUAUGGAGAAAUAGGGCGGAUAUUUCUGCAGCCUGAGGACCACUCCAUCAGGAGGAAGAAGAAGAAGACGGGCAGUAAGGCUCGCAGCUUCACGGAGGGCUGGGUGGAGUUCAGGGACAAGCGCGUGGCCAAGAAGGUGGCCGCCAGCCUGCACAACACGCCCAUGGGCGCCCGCAAGAGGAACCACUUCAGCGACGACCUCUGGUGCAUCAAGUACCUGCACAGGUUCCACUGGUGCCACCUGAGCGAGCGGCUGGCCUACGAGCAGACGGUGCGGCAACAGCGCAUGCGCACCGAGAUCUCGCAGGCCAAGCGCGAGACCAACUUCUACCUGGCCAACGUGGAGAAGAGCCGCAACCUGGACAAGCUGAGGAAGACGAGGCAGAGGAAGGGCGAGGCGGCGGAGGAGAAGAGCUGGGACUUCACGCAGCGGCGCACCGAGGACGAGAUGCGCCAGGGACGCCUCCGUCGGCAUGCCGUCUCCCGGAAGGGCCUGGAGAAGGCCCAGGACAAGGCCCGGCUCAUCCAGGAGAAGGCUCAGUCCAACGUGUCCCUGCUGGCCAAGAUCUUCAACAGCACGGCGCCCAGGGACUGAGUCUGUGUGCUCAGACCAGAGCACCAGUAAACGAACUGGACACGUUCUCCCACCGUGUUUAUUUUGUGUGUCACCACUACACAGCCUGGACAACGGCCUGUACCUCCACCUGCCCACAAGACACCUUUUCUUCGAUGUGUUUAUUUUUGACGUCACCGCUUACAUGUGUGGGGUUAGGGUUCUCUUGCCCUGUCUGUUCAAGACCGCCAUUUUACCGCUUACCUCUGUGGGGUUAGCGUUCUCUUGCCCUGCCUGUUCAAGACCGCUAUUUUACUGCUAACUGUUUUCACCUCAUAAAAUAUUUAAAAUUAAUUGGUGUUCAUGUAUUCUUUUCUCCAGUUGAAAUACAGACAGUAUAUGAACAUUUGUCAUCAUAGCUUGCGUUGAGUUUGGCUAACACUUGUGGUCUCUUGAUUAAACACUGCGUACUGUGCUAUCGAAAUCGCGCCUUACUUAAUCUGCUAAGCGAUGAAUACAAAAUGUGGUUAGGCAGUGUUCAUAACUGACUUUUAAAUUUUAUUUUUGAAUGAGACAUCACUUGGGUUCACUUUCAUACAAGAGUAAAUUAAGUCUGAUCAUGAGGACAAUUGGAUAAUUACUGUCAAGGUCCUAUCCAUAUAGAUGGUAAUCAACAUGGUUUUCAUACUUGAUGCUUCUGUGUUGAAACAGUAAACAUUCCUUAAUGCAGCUUAACUUUUUGAAUCUGAUUUUACGUUCUCUGUGUGAUUUACUGUAAUGGAAAAUGCUGAACAAAAACAAGACACAAAGGUAAUUACACAAAUUGUAACAUUUAUUACUUUUUAAUGUUUAAUGUUUCAAAUAUUUAAGCAUUUAUUAAAGCCCCAUAAAAAAGCAAUCACAAAGGGAAAUUAAAUGUACAUUGGCACUCUUUUUGGUUCAAGGAAUCCCAGACACUUAUCCAGGAGAAGUGAAAAUUGAAAUUCUCUCUACUGUUUUAUGGGAUGUAUGUAGUGCAGUAUUAUGUAAAAAUGUAUACUAAUCCAGCUGAUGGUUCUUUGUAACUCACUUUGUACAGGAUGCCUAAAAUCCAGUAAAAAUAUACUGGAUUUAUUUGGGACACAGUAAUGAAGGUAAAUCUGCAUGUAACUCACAUUAAAAAAGCUCUCUCAUGGCUUUCUGG